CGCUUGGCGUCGCCUUUUUAUUUUGAAACCGGAGAGCAGACCGGAAGUCUUCCGUUCGUUUCUCUGAACUGCUCGCUUGACGACAUGCGCAACAGUUCCAGCCGCUGUAGUCCAGGCAGCGCUUGUUUAGGCUGCCAGCACGCGCACCCCCUCCUCCUCCUCUGUACCACACAGCAUCUUAUUCCAUUGAAAACAAGAACCGCCCGAUCCUCUGGAUCCCGAGGCCAUCAUUCACAGGUUAGUAAAACACUGACCAGGUGGGUCUCCAGGGGGAGUGGAAUAUCAAUAACCAUGGCACACAGUAAUCUGAGAUCAACAUCCUCGUCUCCUUCUCAUGACGAUGUCAACUUGGGACCUUCCGCCAACCCGCAUGCAAGACCCACUGACUUUGACUUCUUGGCUGUCAUUGGUAAAGGGACCUUUGGAAAGGUCCUGCUCGCCAAGCUCAAAGCCGACAGCAAAUUCUACGCCGUCAAAGUGCUGCAGAAAAAAAUCAUCCUCAAGAAAAAAGAGCAAAAGAACAUUAUGGCUGAGAGGAAUGUGUUACUGAAGAGCCUAAAACACCCAUUUCUGGUUCGGCUCCACUAUUCCUUCCAGACGUCAGAGAAGCUCUACUUUGUUCUCGACUACGUUAAUGGUGGAGAGCUGUUCUUCCACCUGCAGAGGGAGAGGUGUUUCCCGGAGCCCAGGGCAAGGUUCUACAUAUCUGAAGUUGCAAGUGCUAUCGGCUAUCUUCACUCUCUUAACAUUGUCUACAGAGAUCUGAAGCCAGAAAACAUUCUUUUGGACUCGCAGGGCCAUGUGGUGCUGACAGAUUUUGGCCUGUGCAAAGAGGGUGUGGAGCCAGAGGGGACCACCUCCACUUUCUGCGGCACUCCAGAAUAUUUGGCACCAGAGGUUCUUCGUAAGGAGCCAUACGACAGGACUGUGGACUGGUGGUGUCUGGGGGCAGUUCUUUACGAAAUGAUAUUCAGCCUGCCUCCUUUCUACAGUCGGGAUGUUGGUGAAAUGUAUGACGGCAUCCUCCACAAGCCGCUUCCACUGCCUCCGGGGAAAUCGGAAAAGGUUUGCUCCCUGCUGGUGGGUCUGCUACAGAAAGACCAGCACAGACGUCUCGGGGCCAUUGCUGACUUUCUAGAAAUCAAGAACCACCCGUUUUUUACUCCAAUCAACUGGGAUGACCUUUAUCACAAGAGGAUCACUCCUCCUUUCAACCCCAAUGUGAGAGGCCCAGCUGAUACUCAGCAUAUCGAUCCGGAGUUCACCAGGGAAAUGGUUCCUAACUCUGUGAGUCGAACCCCAGAGUUUAACGCCAGCACCAGCUCCAACAACGCCUUUAAUGGGUUCUCUUAUGUCGCCAACGAGGACAGCUUCCUGUGAACAGAGAGAUUCCCAUUUUUUGUUCUGUUCAGAUUUAAAAAAUACAACAUCUCCCCACACGACACAGCCAGAAUGCCUCUUAGCAUUGUGCAGAGCGGGAAUUUUCUUUGUUAGGGAGUUGUUCAAAUUUAAGAUUAUUUUUAUAUGCAGUACAAAUGAUCUUCAUGACAUUUGUUUUCAGAUAACUGAACAAAAAAACAAUUCUGGAUUCAAGUGGUUAUUUGCUUUGUAGUCUUUUAUGUACAUACUUUAUUACAUAAAGAUCAAGAUUGUGUAUGUACAGAUAUUGUUUCUCAGUAAAUGUAACCACACAAUUAGUGUAACAAAGACCGAUACUCAUAACCCGAGAAAAGAAAAAGCGUUGGUGCUCUGACUGCAAUGAUUUUCUUUCUAACAUAAGUUUUUAUGCUUCUGUCAUGCCUGUGUAUUGUUAAAACAGAACAUUGCUGAGAUGAUGGGCAGGCUCUGCUGGUAUUUACCUAUUAAUUAUUUUUCGACCAAAACCAUUAGAAGAUGGAGUUGGACGUGCUAAAGACAUAAUCUGUGAGUUACAUCCCUGAUGUGAAACAAUGACUUUAAGUCAUUAAAACAGUGAUCGUGUUCAUGUGCUAAAUGUCGAAACUCAUUUGCCAAGAUGCUGUUCAAAUGUAAUGUUAAAAACUUAUUUCAUGUUGCAGUCAUCUACUACAGUGUUCACAUUAUUCAUGGUUAUUAUGUGGACUAUAGGUUGUCUUUUCUGUAUUGUAAUUGAGAAAGGUUUAAAGAAAUCUCUCCAUAUAAUUAUUUUGUUUGUAAAUAGCAGACUGAUUUAUUAAAAUGUACAAGAGCAAAAUAGAGAUUGUUUUAGUAUGACAACACUAUACCCAACAUGGAAGUACAGAGUUGAUACUUUUGUAAAAAGGUUAAUAGAUUAUGCUUGUGUAAAACUAUAAAUUCUGCCUUGGGUACUAAGCUUUGUGACGGAUGGUGCUAUGUUUGGAAAGUGAUGGGUGAUGCAGUCACAAGUUAAAUUUUUGUAAUCUAAAUCAGAGAUGAAUGUAUAUUAUUAUUUGUACCACCAAUAUUAAAUAAUUUAUCUCAAAAUCUUAAUGUUACUUGAUUCAG